AUGCACUUGCAGACUGCCAAAGAAGGAAUUUUUACUCUGUUUUUACAUAAUGUGACCAUUGCUGAUCAAGGAGGAUACACGUGUGAUGUGUUUUAUGGCAAAGACAAUGGAAAGGCCAAAAUUGAUCUAUGUAUUGAAGGUAAAAAUACUUAUAUAUACAAUACUUAUAAUAUACUAGUACCUGGUUGUGGAUUUUAUUCUUUAAAAUAAAUAUCUGACAAUAGUUUUUACCUUCAGAAGUUUUGACUACUCUAGGUCCAAUGACAUUACAGUUACUAUCUGCAGUGGAGGACCCAGUGAAUGACCCACGGUUGAUUAUCUCGGUAGUAAGGCACUGUGAGUGUCAAACUAAGCACACAUGGGCUAAUACUUUAAAUAGUUCAAUGAUUAUAUUUUCUCACAGCUUCUCCUACUAUCAAAAUAUCCAAUAUCUCACUGAAAUGGAACAUGCUCAAUCAGGUGUACUGCUGGGUUACUGGCUUCUACCCAGAGGAAAUGAACAUGACCUGGUUCAAGAAUGGGAUUCCUCUGCUUAACGCACAUGUGGACAAAAAGAGGAAUGCAGAUGGCACAUACAGCGUUAUCAGCUCAGUGAAUGUCACCCCGAAUGCGAAUGAUGAGUACGUGAUCAUUGAGUGCCAGGUGGAGCAUUCGUCUCUACAUAGUGAUUAUAUUAAAGCUUACAUAGUGGGAAGAUUAGGUAAGAACAAUAUUCCAAUGCACACAACUGUAAAGUCUAGAAAGGUUACAUUCUGUUCUAGAUUAAAAUGACUCAUGGUCUGCUAACUGUUUUCUAUUUACAGGUCUCAUGAAAACAUUCUUUAUCACCAGUUUGGUGUUUUCACUGAUAUGUGCACUCCUGAUGAUUGUCACAAUUUCUGUUUUUAUCUACAGAAGAAUAGGUAUGCAAAUUAUUUUUCAUGAGUUUAGUGUUUCAUACAAAGAAGUAAGAAUUAUUCUGUAAUUCAAUGGGAACAUGUCACUCAGGACACAAAUGAUUAUUUAUCAGAUUGUGAAUCGGUAAGAAUUCACUGUGAAUUUAAAGUGAAUUUCACAUUUUAGACCACAAUAUUUGAACAAAACCAUAGUUGGUUAUUGUUACCAGCUUUAACUUUCAGACACAUCAUAAUCCUAUAAAUAACCCUAGCCAGUUUUUUGUUUGUUUGGUUUUUGACAAUAACCAAAUCUACACAAUGAAAAAACAAACAACUGAGAUGACAUUUGAAGAAUAUGCUGUCAUUAGUCUAAUACUAUCCUUACCUUUUUGUGUCAUUUUACCCCACUCCCUCUAGCAUGUAAGCUCAUUGAGCAGGGCCCUCAACCCCUCUGUUCCUGUGUGUCCAACUUGUCUGGUUACAAAUACAUGUCUGUUCGUCCACCCAUUGUAAAGCGCUGCGGAAUUUGACGGCGCUCUAUAAAUAUCAUAAUAAUAUGCGUAACAGUCUAUGUAAAUUCCUUGAACAUUUGGGGAAAGUUAGUCUCAGAUGGAUAGACCUCCCGCACAUUUGGUAUUUACAAUAAAGAUUGAGAUACUGGUGACACAAUAGCUUGCGGCCAAUUAGAAAACAUAGGAUUACACUCAAAGAUAGGUUGCCAUAUCCACCGUAUUUUCCCUGACAAAUAUCCUUUCUUCGUGUUAAUGGAAACACAAGAAAACUGCUGCCCUGCAGUACGCAUAAUCUUUAUGAUGCAUGAUUUCUCAAGGACUAAUUACUUAAUUUCAUACAGCUGUUUCCGGAUUCUACAUACCACAGGGAAGCACUUUUCAUGUGUUGCCCUUCACUAUGUAUAAGGAAAACUAGAAUGAUAAGGCUUCCCGCUCAGAGAUAAUUUCAAGAACACAAUAGGCAGAACCAAAGAAACAGUAUUCAAUCCCAGAACACCAAAACCAAACAAACCCAAAUUAUUAUAGUAUCGGAGGACUCAAAGCAAGCAAAACAUACAUUUACUUAUAAAGUAAAUAUUUAUAUAUAAAAAAUAUAUAAAUAUGAAGCAAAAACAACAAAAGCGAAAAUAGGUCAUGAAGAAAAUUACGAACGUCAUAUGUAUAAAACCGGCAUAUACAAAUAUAAUGCAAAGUAAAUCCGCCAUAUUCAAACUAUUGUAUUGAUAAGAUUACCAGAAUCAAACAGCAAGUAAUCAAUAACAGCAAAAAUAUCAAAUAUUCUCAGGGAAGGGAGAAAAUACUGUUAUGUUCUGUAUAAAGCACCCCAAGUUUUGUCCCGAUUGCUUUUGUCACAGGAGGUGACUUGGCAGUAUUAUGGUAAGGCAGAAUCAAUCUGGGCCACCAAUCUCUGUCUGGAACCAAACAGCUUCCAGUUCUAGAAGGGUUAUAUGAGCUUGAUGCUCAUAUUUCAUUGGGAUAUGUCUAUUAGUACAAAGAACUCAAACCAACACAAUUAUGGUGGAAAAAAAAAGUGAUUGAAAAACCCUUCAACCUAAAGUCAGUGGGUAGUCAAUACAUUGUUAAACACAGAUCAGCGCACCAAUCAAGACAUAAGACUUGCUUUUCCCACAUAAUUCUCAAAUUUGCAGUGAUGUUACUACCGCAAGGCAUUCUGGAUGGGCAUAUGCAAAUGAUUUCACUAUUUGCAUAUGCCCACCCAGAAACCCUUGCGAUGGUAACAUCUCUGCAAAUUUGAGAUUUUUGUGGGAAAAGCAAGUCUCAUGGCCUGACUGUUGUGCAGAUCUGUGGUUAACGAUGUACAAAGAAUUGUUAGCAUUAAAACUGAUAGCAGCUCUAGCCGUGCCAAACAUUUUGGUUUGCUGCCUGUUGCGAUUUCUACUUAUUUUGUGCUUUUAUUUUAUAGCCAAGCCCCAGGUAUUAGAUGAAAAUCUUAUUGAGCAAGGCCUGGGUGAUCUAUCCAGUAAGAAAGCGUCUGUAACAGGUAAUGGGAUUGUUCGUUUUUAGAUGGUUUUCUAGCAAAUCCAACCUAUGUUUCAACAAGAAUAAUCACAGUGACCGUAAUAAUUGAAGUGGCAGUAAACAUCUAAGUGGAAUGAAUAAUGAUGAUGUUUACUUCAGGGUUCUGGAAAGUGUUUUGGCAAUAAAUGCUAAAAGCAGAGUGGGUAUAGUACAGAUUGAAAACUUUUAUAUCUUGUAUUAAAAUUUCAACACAAUCAGAAGAUAUACACAAGGCCACACUAUAUGAGAUCUGUACAAUUUUCAUGAACUAUGGUAAAAAGAUUACUGAACCUUACCAUGGAUGAGAGAAUUUUUAAAGAAUUGCAUCUUGGUAGAUCUUACAUAAAAUAAAAAAAACUAAAGAAAAUAUGUUUUCCUUUGGUUCUAUUGUACGUAUUGGGCUGAUGUGUUACUAUAGUAUUGCUGACACAUUUGUCACAGAAGGUGACUUGGAGGUAUUAUGGUAAGGCAGAAUAGACAGCGACCACCAUUCUCCGUCUGCAACCAAACAGCUUCCAGCUCUAGAAGGAUUAUGUGAGCUUGAUAUAUUUAAUAGGGGUAUGUCUAUUAGUACAAAGAACUGUUAGCAUUAAAACCGAUAGCAGCUCUAGCUGUGCCCAAUAAAAAAUUUGGUUUGCUGUCCGUUGCGAUUUCUACUUACUUCGUGCUUUUAUUUUCUAGCCAAACCCCAAGUACUAGAUGAAAAUCUUAUUGAGCAAGGCCUGGGCAAUCUAUCCAGUAAGAAAGCGUCUGUAACAGGUAAUGGGACUGUUACUCUCUUCUUUUUUAGAUGCUUUUUUCAUGCAAACCCAAACUAUGUUUUAACAAAUCCUUUAAUGCCAGAGAGUUAAAUCUGUGCAUAUUGAAUGUCUGCCAUCAGCUGGCUCAGCAUGCUGCUGCUCAUAUUCUCCCAUCAGCCCAUCCUCUCUGACAUUCCCCCACUUCAGUGGUGUGGAUGUCACCAAAGGAGGAUUGAAAAACAUGGCCUCGGCUUUGGAACAGCAGUAAGUUAUAGCUCUGUUUUUUUUAAAAGGGAAUUUAUAGUGCCAGGAAAACACUAGAUCCCUAGAGUGUCAACCUCGGUCGCAACCCCGCCACCUCCCUCUGUGCUGCAGAAGGGGUUAAGAACCUCUUCUGUCACUUACUUGAUUCGAAACCUAAUGCGCAUGUGCGGCGAUGCCCAUUCUCGCAUUAGUACUUCCCCAUAGAAAGCAUUGUAUAAUGCUUUCCUAUUGGGCUUUUGGGUGAUGCUGGAUGUUCUCAUGCAUGUCCCCAUCUGGUAGACAGCCACUACAGAUGGAGUUAAUCCUCAAAGGAAAUUAUUGCAGUUUAUUAGAAACUGCAAUAAUUACCUUUGCUGGGUUAAGGGACCUGGGACACUGCGCCAAGACCACUUCAAUGAGCUAAAGUGGUCUGUGUGCCUAUAGUGUCCCUUUAAGUUUGAGAGUGGACCAGAAUAGAAAGGGUUACUCUGAUGAAAAAAAAAUAUUUUUAUGAAAACACUGUUUUUGUCAAAGACCAAAGUGGGAAAAACAUUGUCUUCUAAGUACUAAGAGGUAAUAAAGAGUAUUGCUGACUACCCAGAAGGUGUGCAGGGCCAUUAUUGUUUUAAUUUGAAUGGACUGGCAUUUAGGCAGACUUAGCAAACACUUAAUGGGUCGUAAUGUUCCCUGACUGACGGCUAUCUGAGGUAUAAGAGUAUCUACCUAUCUGCCCCAUUAUCAUUCAUUACUAUAUCUGAUGUUGACCAGUUUGUAGCAACAAGAGAUAGUUCAGUGGCAUGGCCUGUGUGGUGUUCUUGUUUGUAUUGUGCAAUGCAGUCAGGCAACCUAUUAUGUAACACACAACCUGCACACUGGAACAGAGUAAAGACCUGAGGGAAAUCUCUUCCUGCAGAGCUAUAUCAUGUUACUGCUCAUCCACACUGCCAUGGUAGGUAGGAGGAGAGGGGAAGGUUCUUUAAUAUGCUUGGGUCUACGUUUUGUCCCAGGCAGACCCUACAUUUAAUGAAUUGAUGCCAUCAAAAAUGGUAGCCAUGUAACAUGAAAAAAUAUGUUUGCUACAAAUGUAAAGCAAUAUCAAUGUUUUUAUUUUGUAGUAAAACCUGAUGUAUUGGCUGAUUCUGCAACAGGUAAUGGCACUGUUCUUAUUUUAGACGUUUUUGUGCAAACCCAACAUGUUUUGACAAAAACAAAGAUGUGAUGCAAAAAAGGGGAGGUCCUCUCACUGGCCCUGGCCCCCACUAAGAAUUUCAUUGGGCCUCUUAUAGGCCUCAAAGAUCUUUGUACCUAAUAGCCCGGUACAACCCAGCCGCUCACAAGCCCACUGAGCCUUACCUGAAAGUCUUGUGUGUAAAUGACUUCAUAUGUGUGUGGGGGAGUGUGGGUAUGUCUUGAUGUUGGUGAGUGUAUGUGUCUUUGUGUGGGUGUGAUUGUGUCUAGUCAUGUUCGUCUAGUGACUGCAUGUAAGUCUGAAGCAUAAAAUAGCUUAUAGCUUAUUCAGAUAAUUGGUCGCUCACUUUAGCUCUGAUUUUUGCAUACUAUUUUUUCUUCUUCAUUAAUGAUCUGUUUUCAUUCAAUCACUUUGUGCCACAGAGUUAACUCGGUGCCCAAAAAUGGGAGACAUCAUCAUACCAAGUUUGGUAAAUGGCACAGAAGCCACACUUCAGUGUAAAAUCUCUGGAUAUUUCCCUGAUAAGCUGGAGGUUAAGUGGUUAAAAGUGGACCCUUUAAUGAAUAAACAGGUAUUUGUUUCUCCCGGUGAGAAAUACAAAAUCCCUGUAAUGGAAGUGACCAGAGAGGAAGAUCAGACCUAUACCUGUACGGCAAAUCUGAUUGUUAGUGUGUCCAUAGCUGAAGAUGAAUACUCAGAAUAUAUCUGCCAGGUGGAACAUCCCAGUCUUGAUAGACCACUGGAGAAAAGGACAGGAAAGCUGUGUGUGACCGGUAAGUUUGGUAUAAAAUAUGACCCUUUGGGUAAUUUCAACAGUUCUGGGGGAAAUCCUUGGAUCUGGAGCAAUUAGAAGGAACUUUUCAUUAAUUUCCAAUACUAUCAUACCAUAGUAUGUUUUUAUACUUUCUUAAUGUUCACAAAAGCAUGUUUUCUAAGUCCAAACUCCUCACUAACUAUAGCUAAAUUUCUGCAGUUGAAAACAGGAAAGCAGUACUCUCUAUUGCAUCACUAAGACACAGGUCAGAAUAAACUCAUUACAUACAAAAUGGUGAGGUACACCCAUAUUAGCGUAAGAACACAACAUACAAUAGGUUGGGAGAGUAAUAUAUAUAUUAAUAGCCAGAGGAUACGAAGCAAUGGUUCAAUUAAUAAGGAAUUUGUGAAUGUCAUUUUCUCUGGAUCUCAUAGGUGCCACAUGCUUCACUCCUUAUAUAUACAUGAUGAGCCACUAUUCUUUUUACUAGAAUUAUUAUGGUUAUAAAUGUCCUCCUGACCUAAAGAGAUUUUGGCGUCUGUUGCUUAGGUUCCCUGUUACGGAAUAACACAAAGAACAAAUUUAACAUUUGUGUGAAAUACUUUAAAUAAAGUCACAACUGUGUAAAGCAAUUAAUUAUGAUCAAAAUGUCCUCUUUAUGUAGAUAUGGGUGUUAUUUUUCAUUGUCGAAGGAAAAGCAGUACAUGUAAUUGUAACUUAUGGAUCAUAUUAUAUGACUAGUUUAUUUUAUGUCUUCAGGGAUUCCAACUAUCAAAGUGACCCAUGAAACAGUGCAUCGUAAAACAUGGCUGAGAACGGAGGUUAAAGGUGUAUUUCCCCCAACAUGCACUGCGGUUACAUGGAGUCGCGAUAAAGGCAAAAAAAUUGUGCAUUACCCUGAGUCUAUCAUUAGCAAUCAAUGGACAAUGAACAAAGAUGGAACAUUCAAACUAAUCAGCAAAUGCCAGGACAAAUCUAGACGGAAAAAAGCACAAAAAUGUUUUCAUGUGUCGGUGAAAGUUAAACCACAAGACCCACCAGUAAAGAUGAGCAUUUUGCUUGACAAAGGUAUAUUGCAUUAAAGCCUGAUAUGUAACUUACUUAUUUAUCAGAAGAAUUCCACUUCAUGGAAAUACUGACACUGGUCACGGGAAAGGAGAAUGAACGGAGUCACAA